UUUUCAGAUCCAAAGAAGAAAGCAGCGAUCCGGACUUUGAUAAAAGGAUUGCCGAGGCAAAGGACACAGAGGCCAAGAGCCGUCUUGAAGUGGUACAAACAGAGCUUCUGGCAUCCAAGGAUGAAAUCAACCGACUGUUGUCUCAUUUGGCUCAAGUCACCCGAGAGAAGGCUGAAAUGGUGUCCGCAAAGGUUCAUAAAGAGCUGUUACGAAUGGCAGAGGAACGAGCCAAUCGUGCAGAGAUGAAGGCCAUGGCCUUGGAACGAGAGCUGAGAUUUUUGAUGGAAGAGCAAUCCCUUGCGGGGGCAUCCUCAGGAGAUCCUCCUAAGAUUCCUCCCCGCCGGAAGGAGGUCAAGUAUCCUGCCUCUUCGGUGGGCAUCCGCACUUCCCCCAAAUACUUCCAGAAGCACAGCACCCUGUACAGCCGUGGCAAUCUGGGUGCCAAGAGGGGCCAGCCUGCAGUCAGUGGGGGCCGGACUGCCGGCGGUGGGGGCACCUCCACCGCGAGCAACAACAGGCCCACCAAGCCCCAGACGCGGACCUGGUCGCUGAGCCGGCUUCGGAAGGUGGAGGCCAGCAAGACGACAAAGGAGGCCAAGAAGGAGAAUGGCAAGGAGGGCAAGAAUUCUGGCAAGGUUUCUUUCCUCCAGCGGGUGCAGUCGAGAGUGACCAGCGCCCAGACCAAGUCGGAGGUCCAGAAAUCCCUCUUUGACCGCAUGCAGUCCCGGUUCUUUGCCAAGUCGUCCCCCAAGAGCUCUGCCGCACCGGCCUCGUCUAGCUGCGACCUGCCAGAUCUGUCCAGCCUGGAGGAGGAGUCCUCCAAGUCGGAGUACGAGGUGCCCAUGGACCCAGUCCAGAGGUUUGCCGGAACGCCUCUGAUCGAUAUGGUGGACCUAAUUUGCAUCCCUAAGACUUUGCAUGAUCAAGCCCAAUUGGAUGAAACUCCCAGUGUAUGAAGUAGUUCCUCGAGACAAACUUCUUUGAGAAACCCUCAGUAACCGUUAACUGAAUGAUACCUAACAUUCCUCCAGUGUACGCCCUGCAUGCUUUGACCCUGGUGAAGUGAAACCAAAUUUCCCCUUUUGCAUGCAACACAAUCGGUGACAGUGUCGAUUGGGAGCCCAGCCGGCAUG